AUGAGGGCGAGUAAGGCGCAAUGUGAGGCCAUCAAAUCGUCCAUAUCAGAUGGCACAACAUCGACUUCUACCAUCUCCGCGUUUCGGGAUAUUCUGGGUUUGAACACGCGACCUGCGACGACGGCAUCGAUGACCAAGCCUAAAGCAAAGACCGCGGACACAGUCAAGUCUAGUAUCAAAAAGGUUCCACCAAAGAAGCGUGUACCGGAUGGACAGGCAGUACAUGAUGUACGUGAUGAUGCAGAUGAGUUGUCUUCCAAAGACCGAUAUGUGCUCGCCACUGAGGUUGUCAACACCUCCUUAAAGUUCCUCAGUGCAGCGAGUAAGGACAAGUCGUCUCUGAAAGCGGCUGCAGAAUCUCGGAAGUCACCCAACGUAUCGCCCACAGUAACUCCACGACCAGGUGACAGAUCUAGAGUACUUCGGCCAACAUCGGGGAAUGCAUCGCCAAAGCGCGCUGGUACGAAACCAGCUACCAUCGAGCAGGUCGCGGGAUCCGAUACGACUGGAUGUAUCACGAACAUUGUCCAAUGCGCGAGGCUUGCAUUCUCGUUCCUAAAGUCUAAUGAGGCGAAAGGCAUUUCGAAUGCCAAAGACCAGACACUAUGGCAAUUGGACAGCGGCAUCAUUGCCUUCGCAGGCAAACUCACGGUCCUUGGAUUCGACUUUGAGCCAGAGCUCAGUCUGCUUCGACAUGUGCUUCUACCAAGACAGGCAAUAGUCAUCACAUCUCAAAUGAUCUGGCCGGAGGACAAACCAGCUAUGGUCUUUGAGCUACAGGUGCUAGCACUCAGACUCAAACAGUUAUCAACGAACGACCAAGUCUCACUAGACGCAUUCCAUCGCUUCCUCGAGAUUUUUAGACGACAGUCCCAUGAUGGACUGAUCCGGCACCACGCCCGGGUUGUACAGUAUUAUGUGCUGCUCGAGAUUUCCACUGCUGGAAUGUGUCAGGAACUUCACUUUGAUAUCCUUCGAGUCUUUGUUACUGCAGCAGAGGCCCUUGAUUUGUGCGAUGAAGCAUUGAAGUGGACUGCAAGUAUGCAGGAAGCUUGCAGCAGCCUGGGAGACGAGCAUGCCCGUCAUGUAGCUUGUACUAUCAAGCGACUUAGAUUGUCGUCUGACGAGACGGAUUGCAGUCAUUUGCUAUAUAAGCAGACGAGUGGCCGACCAGUUGACUACGAUAUGCUCCUGGAAGAACUUGCUUGUUAUGUCACCGCAAGGAAUCGCAAAGUAUCGACUGAGAUGAGUCGAGCAGCUGCACGAUAUGCUCAGAGAUACUCACGAUCAUACCGGGAUCGUAAUUCGAGGUUGGUAGUGACCAUCAUCCAGUCAGCUUUGAGCACUAGUCUCAGGGUCGAGGACACAGCAAGAUGGGUGACUCUGGAAUCUGCAAGGGUAUACUACAGAAACGGCACACUACGCAAGACUGCACAUGCAGCUGCGCAGACCAAUAUGACUAAAGCUUGGAGCAUUGACUCAGAGGCAGUGGCACUAAGGCGUGUCCUGCAAGCGCUGCUCUGGCAAGCGGCUGGUUCGCAAGCAUCCGAAAGCUCUCCGUAUCUGCCAUUUGAAGACUCAGAUGCCUUGACCGGCGACGAGAAGGCAGUGCUGCUACAUGGAGCCAUACUAGACAUGCCAGAGCCAAAGAAGUCUAGACCCACCCUGCCGAAGGUGGUGGAGCACAUUCUAGCGGAGCUCUCCAACCUGUACGAACCCAGUCGCUAUCCAUUGCGUCGUAUGGCCGUAGUUACGCAGGUUGCUCGACUUCGUGCUAUCCACGGCCUACAGCCUCAUAUUUUCGAGCAGUGGACAAAGUCGAUAGACCUUGACGCCAUCAGUCUGGCAAAAGAUGACGCCCUUGGUCACUAUCUUUUGGACGUCCAGACGAUGUGGACUAUCGCCAUGUCAUUCGAUGACGGAAGGCCUCCCUCCGCACAGCUCGUGGCUGUCCUCGACAAAUUGCGAAAGUUCUCGGGCGAAGAUGAGGUGUAUGAUGUCGAAGUUAGCACAAGCCAACUAUUUGCUUGCGCCACAUACUUUGAUAUGAUGGGUGAUGAACACAAUCAUCUGCUCACGCUUCGUCUGCAACAACGUCUUGGAACGCCUUCAGCAAUAAUUAGUCUCGCAGGCCAGUACCUCAGAUUAGGAUACACCGAGAAGGCCCUGCCUCUACUUGCAGACGCCAAAGCACUUCAUAAAGCCUCCGAACGAGAACUUAUUGAAGAGCUCAAUCUCGAUCUCACGUUGGCAGAAUGUCAUGUGGUUACUGGAGAUUUCGUACAGGCUGAAGCUGAUCUGGAAAGAACGAAAGCAAUACGAGAGCUGUUGCCGCCUGAAGGUGUGGCGAGAGCUGAACGAAAAGGUUACGAACUGCUUCAUGCUCGAGCGUGGAUCAUACGAUCGAAGCUGUGUGCAGCGAACGGGCCUGCGAAAGGUGCUUUAGCCGCUGCAAAGCGUGCAGUCAAGUUACUUCAAGCCACUUGGGCGGCAGCAGAGAGGGCCACUGGAGAGAACUUGUUCGGGUCUGUCAGUCAAUCUGAAGAUAUUGCAAGCCCAGACGUCCCAGAUGUGAACGCCUUGGCCACGGGAGUCAGCAAGCUUCAGCUUACGCCAAUAGUCAACCAGACCAAGUCGACCAUGCAGACUUCGAGAAAAGGUGCCGGUUUUUGGCCGAUUGUGUCACCAAUGUGUGAAGCUUUGAUGCACCUUUCCGAUCUCUACUCCCACCACGGCGUCUUUGCGGAAGCAGACUACUACUCAGAGCGGGCGAUUAGAAUUGCUGAGUCGAUAACUUCGAAACAACUCCUUGCCCACGUGAGGGUGCAUAGAUGCCGUCUACAGGUUCUUGCGGGCCAGCUGGAAGCUGCUGAGCUGUGCUUGACUCAAAGCAAAGACGCCGAUGCCAGUCCUGCGCCUUGGCGUGUGGUUGAGCGACAGUGUGCUGAGGCCGAGCUACGCACAAAAGAAGGCUCCUUUGAGGAAGCGACAGUUCUGUAUCGUGAAGCCACUGCGCUCAUUCGAACAAUAAGGUCGCAUGAAUUCCUGAAAGCGCUUGACAUAUCGGGCGUAGCGCCUGACAGUGACCCAACACCGGCAGUGGGGUGUGAACGUCCUACGGUGUCUCGUUCUGCGAUGGGCAAAAUUGCCAAAGCCAAAUCAACACGUACGGCAAAAAGAGCGAUUGAUAAGAUAGCAACGGUAGGGCAUGGCCAGGCUCAGCCAGUCGGCAUCGUACUCGAUGAUCUGCUUACUCGCAUAACGUUCAAGCAUGCGCUGACACUCAUGCGAGUGGGUAGGCAUAAGGAAGCGUCAACAUUAGUAGCUGCUUUGCCUGUUACUGAAAGACAAAGCUUCAGCCAGCGUCACUACGAGAACCUCAGACUCAUGCAAGAUGCUGCCGCUAUAUUGGAAGCCGAUGUUACUUUCAGUAUGCUCGCAGAGUCAACGCUUGCGUGCCCUACUGUGCUGCCAGGUGAGAAGCUCAUGCAAACGACGGGACGACCGGCAAAGUCUCGACUCGACAAUGCAUCGACAUCUUCGGAGGCCUCGGAGCUACUUGUGACGGCCCGACAAUGUUUGCUACCAAAGCAGAACGACGUGGUCUCGGUCACUACUGCGACUGCUCACCAUGAUGCGUCGUUAUUCUUGGAGGCUAGCAUGUAUCUUGCGUCGAUAGGGACGACACAUGCAGGGAGUAGAGUCCAUCCCGCUCGUGCUGCAUCGCAGGGAGAGUAUCCGAGAACGCAUGCUCAGGUGCGCGAGCUUGCUACGGUGGAGGUGGACAUCGAAGCUGCGGAGUCGUCAUCUCCCUUCCAGUGGCCAAGCCUACCAAAGGACGAGCAUCACGCGGAAUCCUUGACUGCUGUACAGUUCCAAGAGCAGUAUGUGGAUAUUUUGCCCGAGUCCUGGACGGCUGUAUCAUUGUACCCGAACGCCGAAUGUACAGAGCUCUACGCCGUCCGAUACCGAGCUGGACAGUCUCCGUUCUUACUGCGGCUUCCAUUCUCACGACACAAACCUGAUGCCGAAAAUGAAGAGCCGUUCGACUACAACAAGGGCAAAGCUGAGCUGCAAGAUAUCGUCGCAGCGAGCAAUUACAGUUGUCACAACACGAAAGGUAUGGAAGGCAAGGGAGCGAAGAGCAAUUGGUGGACCGAGCGUGAAGCACUCGAUCGAAGACUACACGAGCUUCUGCUCAAUAUGGAGAAUAUCUGGUUCGGUGGCUUCAAGUCCAUAUUCUCGCAGCAGGCAAGGCAUCCUGAACUGCUGGCACGCUUCCGGAAGACGUUUGACGAUAUACUGCUUCGACACUUGCCAUCACGUCGCAGUACUAAACCACGCACAGGGCUGCUCGCCUUGGAUAGCAAGGUGCUGGAACUUUUCGUCGGACUCGGCAACGAUGAAAAUGAUACUGUCGACACUGAUGAGCCUCUAAUGGAUCUGCUAUACUUUGUUGUCGACAUGCUGCAAUUCAGCGGCGAGCAUAACGCUUAUGACGAGAUCGAUUUUGACAGCAUGGUCGUCGAUGUUCAAGACGCUCUGCGCAGCUACCAUGAUGCACCUCCACGAGAUGGCGAUGAAGCACGACACACGAUCCUCAUCCUGGACAAGCGGCUACAAGCGUUUCCGUGGGAGAGCCUGCCAUGUCUUGAGAGUGCCAGCGUAAGUAGAGUUGGGAGUAUGCUGUCUUUGCGCGAGAGUGUAUUGGCAAUGAGAGAUAGACACAGAGUGCUCGGGGUAGACCACGACCGUCACGUGGUCGAUCGGAAGUCUGGCACCUACAUUCUCAAUCCAUCCAACGAUCUCGUCAACACACAGACGAUGCUGCAAGAUCCACUGGCUGUGCUGGCGAAGGCACCAGGUGCGAAGUGGAUCGCAAUGGUGCAACAAGCGCCAAAAGAGGAAGAGUUCAAGCAAGCUCUUACCGACUCAUCCAUCCUGCUAUACUUUGGCCACGGAGCAGGAUCGCAAUACAUACGGCCUCGCACAAUCAGGAGACUGGAGAAGUGCAGUGAAGUCGUGUGGCUGAUGGGUUGCUCUUCUGGUGCAAUUACCGAGUAUGGCGAGCUCGAGCCCUUCGCUGUACCUUUUGCUUAUCUCAUGGCCGGUAGCACUCAUGACACUCAGGCAGCAGAGCCGAGGGAUAGAAACAACAUGUGCAUGGCUGCGAUAGGCACGCUCUGGGAUGUGACAGACAAGGACGUCGAUCGUUUCUCACUCGCAGUAGGUGAGCAGUGGGGACUAUGGGCACCGUCCGAAGCCUCUAAGCUGCCUACAAAGACGCCUAAGAAGCCUCAAAGGCACCUCGUCGCCCCAUCAACACCGCAGCAGGUUCCGAAGACUCCAAAAACACCUAAGGUCGGGAAAACUUCAAUGGCGGCUGCUAAGACACCUACUAGGAGCAGAAGUCGGAGCAAGCCGAGGCAAAGUGAUGGCAGGAAGAGGUCAUUGGUUGAGGCUGUGAGCAGGAGUAGAGAUGCUUGCUACCUAAGGUAUUUGAACGGUGCUGCGCCAGUCGUGUAUGGCGUGCCUGUAUAUCUUGGCGAUUGA